GAGCUGUUGUUGUCAGUACGUUUCGUCGCCUGCUGUGGGACGCAAGAAGCGCGAGCGCAGUCCGUUGGGCUCACAGUCUUCGGAACUUAAAGGACAGGGGUGCGGGCCACGAGAAGCAGAGCGGUCGGCUGACCUCUGUAGUGGCCCGCUGGCGCUUCUUCACUAAGGAGGCCGAUCUGCAGUCUUCUACUCGGUAUGGUUGUAGGCGGCGAACACUGAAGUCGAACCUCCGCUUUCCAUGCAGGCAGCGGCGGGUGGGAAGUCGAGGCCGCGACAAAAGGAAAGCCUGCCACCGUCAAUAGAAUAGAACCGAGACAGAUGGAUCUUCUAAAAAUAUGAAGAAAACUUGCAACUUGAUGAUCAAAGCAUAACUAAAAUGUUACCUUUGAAAAGGGCAUUGCCAAGAUGGCAGCGAAGAUGAGUUGUGCAUCUAUUUCAGAAAUCAUUAUAUGAAAAGACACAAGUUUUAGAAAGUGUCGGCAUUACUACUCGCAGAGUAUGGCAGGUUUUAAACGAGGAUAUGAUGGAAAAAUUGCUGGAUUGUAUGAUUUGGAUAAAACCCUAGGCAGAGGUCAUUUUGCUGUAGUGAAGCUUGCCCGACAUGUAUUUACAGGUGAAAAAGUGGCAGUAAAAGUAAUUGACAAGACCAAGUUAGAUACUCUUGCCACAGGACAUCUUUUUCAAGAAGUCAGAUGUAUGAAACUAGUGCAACAUCCUAAUAUUGUUCGUCUAUAUGAAGUUAUUGACACUCAGACCAAACUUUAUCUGAUCUUAGAACUUGGUGAUGGAGGAGAUAUGUUUGAUUACAUCAUGAAACAUGAAGAAGGUCUUAAUGAAGAUCUGGCAAAGAAAUAUUUUGCUCAGAUUGUUCAUGCUAUAUCCUAUUGCCAUAAACUGCAUGUCGUUCACAGAGACUUAAAACCAGAAAAUGUUGUCUUUUUUGAAAAACAAGGACUUGUGAAAUUAACUGAUUUUGGAUUUAGCAACAAAUUUCAACCCGGGAAAAAACUUACAACAAGUUGUGGCUCUCUUGCAUAUUCUGCUCCUGAAAUUUUACUUGGCGAUGAAUACGAUGCUCCUGCAGUAGAUAUAUGGAGUCUGGGAGUUAUUCUUUACAUGUUGGUAUGUGGACAACCACCUUUUCAAGAAGCAAAUGAUAGUGAAACUUUGACUAUGAUAAUGGAUUGUAAAUACACAGUACCAUCUCGGGUGUCCAAAGAAUGUAAAGAUUUAAUUACACGAAUGUUACAAAGAGAUCCCAAACGAAGGGCAUCUUUGGAAGAAAUUGAAAAUCACCCUUGGCUACAAGGAGUUGAUCCAUCACCUGCAACAAAAUAUAAUAUUCCUUUGGUUUCAUAUAAAAAUCUUUCAGAGGAAGAGCACAAUAGCAUCAUACAGCGCAUGGUUCUUGGAGAUAUUGCAGAUCGAGACACUAUUGUGGAGGCUCUGGAAACUAAUAAAUACAAUCACAUCACUGCUACCUACUUUUUACUAGCAGAGCGCAUUUUAAGAGAGAAACAAGAAAAAGAAAUACAAACCAGAUCAGCAAGUCCAAGCAAUAUAAAAGCGCAAUUUAGGCAAUCAUGGCCAACAAAAAUCGAUGUUCCCCAAGAUUUAGAUGAUGACCUUACAGCUUCUCCAUUGUCCCAUGCAGCUGUUCCCCAAUCUCCUGCUCGUAAUGCUGAAAAUGUUCUUAAUGGACAUAGAAGUAAGGCACUUGAGUCAGUCAAGAAAGAGGAUAUUUCUGAAUUAGCUGGACCAGCACUUUCAGUUGUUCCAUCAGUGAAUUUAAAACCAACUAGUAGUCGGAAGUGCCUGUUUAGAGUGGAAGAAGAUGAAGAGGAGGAUGAAGAAGAUAAAAAAAUUGUUUCUCUAUCAAAUCAAGUUGUUCUGCGUCGUAAACCUUCUGUUACAAAUCGUCUUACUUCCCGAAAAAGUGCCCCAGUUCUUAAUCAGAUUUUUGAGGAAGGGGAAUCUGAUGAUGAAUUUGAUAUGGAUGAGAAUUUACCUCCCAAACUAAGUCGGCUAAAAAUGAAUAUAGCUUCACCCAGCACGGUGCAUAAACGCUACCACAGAAGGAAAAGUCAGGGUCGUGGAUCUAGUUGCAGUAGCUCAGAAACAAGUGAUGAUGACUCAGAAAGCAGGCGGCGUCUAGAUAAAGACAGUGGAUUUACUUAUUCCUGGCAUAGAAGAGAUAGUAGUGAAGGUCCUCCAGGAAAUCAAGGAGAUGGAAGUGGACAAGGAAAACCAAGCAAUGGAAAUGGAGGGAUUGACAAAACAAGUCCUGGUGAUAAUCAUAAAGAGGGUGGAAGUCCUUCCAGUAGCUCUAGUGGAAGCACGAAUAACAAUUCAGGUUCCACUCGCAGAUGUGCAGGAUCUGGUAAUUCAGUGCAGUUGUCAUCAAGAAGCACGGGUGAUCUGGUUGAAAGUCUCAAGUUGAUGAGCAUUUGUUUAGGUUCUAAGAUUCACAGUAGCACAAAGUACAUAAUUGAUCCCCAAAACAUUUCAUUUUCCAGUGUGAAGGUGCAGGAGAAAUCAACAUGGAAAAUGUGCAUAAGUUCUGGGAGUGUAAAUCCAGUUUCAUCGUUGAGCAGUAUAAAAUUAUUUUCUGCCCAAAUGUCGGAUGCAGCAAAUGAGUUAGAAAGAAUAAAAAACAAGAACUUGAAAAAUAAUGUGCUACAACUACCUCUAUGUGAAAAAACAAUAUCUGUGAAUAUUCAGCGAAAUCCGAAGGAGGGACUAUUAUGUACAUCAGGUCAGACAACUUGCUGUCAUGUUGUUUGACAAUAAUCAUAUUUAACCAAUUCUACUUGACAUCACCAAUCUUCCUGUUCAGAGCUGUGAAUACUUUAUUUCACUGAAUCUUUUGUUACUUUGUCUUAUUUUGUUAACAUAGGCUUUAAGCAGUAAUUUAUUACAGUUUAAUUUAGUUUUGCUUGUUAUGACAAUGCAUGUACUGUGCAUGUUGCUAGCCAGUAAUUUCUUUUGUUCCAAUCAAACCUAAGAGCCAUGGUGGUGCAGUGGCUAGAAUGCAGUACUGCAGGCUACUUCUGCUGACUGCCAGCUGCCUGAAAUUCGGCAGUUUAAAUCUCACCAGGCUCAAGGUUGACUCAGCCUUCCAUCCUUCUGAGGUCGGUAAAAUGAGGACCCGGAUUGUUGGGGGCAAAAUGCUGACUCUGUAAACUGCUUAGAGAGGGCUGUAAAGCACUGAAGUGGUAAAUAAGUCUAAAUACUAUUGCUAUUGUUAUUUUUCUAGUUUUCUAAUUUUACUGUAGAAAAUCUGGAUUAUAGUAAGGCUUGUGUCCAAAUCCAGUAUAAAUUAAGCACUUAGUAGUUUUACAUUCUGCACUUAAAUUAGAAACAGAAUUCUUGUUUAUUUGUAAAACAUCAAAUUUUGUUUGGCUGUUCUGUGUUACUUAAAAUACAUGAGAUGUGGCAUAAUUAUCUGUGUUUGCAACAGAACCAAAGCAAUAAAAUUUUAAUACUGAAAUCUCUUCUGGAGGUUUCAGAAUUUCAAGGCUUGUACAAAGCAAAAGUGCACUGAAAAGUUAUCUUGAACUCUUGAUUUUUAAUCCCACAUCUUUGUCUUAAAUGCAUGAAUGAUGGCUGAAAUGAAGAUCUUGAUUUGAUAUAGACAAGAUUUUUUUUAAAAAAAUCUCCAAGGCAGCUUUCCCCAUAAUUAAAUGCAGACAAUCUUUUUUUAAAAGAAUUAGCUAACAAAGAAAUGGUGUAAUUUAAAUUUUCCCCAUCCAAGGGAAAGCAUUCAUUACUGUUAAUAUAAUGGAUUGUAAAAUAUUGUGCAAAAUAUUUAAAAUGGACCAAUUUGUGGUAGCUGAGAUAUAUUUAAAUAGAUCUCUAGUUGAUAUCUAUUCCAAUAAAUCAUUUCAUACGUAGUAACAGUUGAUAAAGAUAUUGAAAAAGCAAAGUUUUUUUCCAAAUUUAUUUUCCACUAUGCCAUUUAAUAUUUUCACUAUUAAUGGAAUCUUCACAGAGUUGAUUAAGGAUAUAAUAAAGUAAUUUGAACAUGCAGAUAAAUGAGACAAUAUAGGUAAUUUCACUUUUGUAUAAUGUUAAUUAUAUCAAAAAUGCUUCAGAACACCAAAAUGCAUACAGUCAAUUCAAUUAGACAUUUCUAGUAAAGCAGAGUAGGAGUAAUUGCUGGAAUCUGAAUAAAACGAGAGUCUGUUCAGAUUAGCAGAGCCUAUUGGAAUACAUUAAUAUACCCCAUGGCAAGAUAGGUGGCUUAUAAAUUUGAUAAUAACAUAUCCCAAGUUUUCUCCAUGAAUUUAAAAUGCACCAUGGAUUAUCUUACUGGAAAAUGAAUUAUUUUAAGUGGACAUUUAGUUUGGGAUAUGAUAUAUAAUUUGCUUUAAUAAUUCUUCAAAUCAAAUCAAUAACACAAGUUUGCAUGGAACAAUUUUCUUUCAUUCUUGAGUACUUGCUUUUUUAAAAUCCCUUGCUACUGAAAUGCCAGCAAAUGAAUGUUUUGGCACUUUUUCUGUUAAAAAUACUUUUCACUAGAUGAAUCAACUUUCCUGAAUAUAUAUCUAGAAUAAAAUAUUCCCAAUUUGGGGAAAUAUAAGAAUGUUAUUUUCUUGCUCUGUGCACUGGGUCUUCAAAACAAUGCUGGUAAGAACUGAUGAUAUUAUGUAGCAGCAACCCAGACAGUGGUCAGAGAGUUUACAUACAAUUCAGAAAGUAUUCAGACUAUCUUCACUUUUGUCAAUUUUGUUAUCCUGCAGCCUGAUUCUACAGUUUUUGAAAUUCAUUUUUUCUCGUUCAUUUAAUCUACACUCAGUAUCCCAUAAUGAAAAGUGACAACAGAAGUUUAGAAAUGUCUGUAAAUUUAUUAAAAAGAAAAAAUAUCACAUUGGCAUAAGUAUUCAGUCCCUCCAGUCAGUAUUUUAUUGAAGCACCUUUGGCAUCAAUUAUAGCCUCCAGUCUUUUGGACUAUGAAGCAUCAAGCUUUACACACCUAGAUUGGGGAAUUUUCUGCCAUUCUUCCUUGCAAAUCCUCUCAAGCUCAGUCAGCUGGAUGGUGACAGUUGGUGGACAGCCAUUUUUAGGUCCCUCCAGAGAUGUUCAAUAAAAUUCAAGUGAGGGCUCUGGCUUGGCCACUCAAGAAUAUUCACAGAGGUGUCCCUAAGCCAUUCCUGUGUUGUCUUGAUCGUGUCCUUAGGAUCAUUGUCAUGUUGGAAAGUGAACCUUCUGAGAUCCUGGGAGCUAAUGUACAGGUUUUCAUUGAGUACUUUGCUCCAUUCAACUUUCCCUCAAUCUAGACCAGUCUCCCUAACCCUGCUGCUAAAAAAACCCUCACAGCAUGAUGCUGCCACUACCAUGGUUUACUUUUGGGAUGAUACUGGGCAGGUGCCUGAUUUCCUCCAGACAUAACAUUUAAAAUUAAGGCCAGACAAUUCAAGCUUGAUUUCAUCAAACUAGAGUCUUGUUCCUCACAGUCUGAGAGUCCUUCAGGUGCUUUUUUGCAAAGUCCAAGCAGGCUUUCAUGUGUUUUGCACUAAGGAGAGGCUUCUGUCUAGCCACUGCCAUAAAGGCCAGAUCAGUGGAGGGCUGCAGUGAUGGUUGUCCUUCUGGAACUCUGUCCCAUCUCCACACAGGAUCUCUAGAACUCAGAGUGACCAUCAUGUUCUUGGUCACCUCUGACCAAGGCUCUUCUUUCCUGAUUACUCAGUUUGACUAGGCGACCAGCUCUUGGAAGAAUUUUGGUUGUGCCAAAUUUCUUCUAUUUGAGAAUUAUGGAGGCCAUUGUGCUCUUAGGAACCUUCGGUGCAGCAGAAAUUUUAUUACAGCCUUCCCCAGAUCUGUGCCUUGCAAUAAUCCUGUAUCUCAGCUCUGCAGGCCUCAUGGCUUUUCCUCUGCAACAACAUGUAUUGUCAGCUAUGAGGCCUUCCAUAUAGAUGUGCAUUCUUUUCCAGAUUACGUCCAACCAACUUAAUUUACCACAGGUAGACUCCAAUUAAAGUGUAGAAACAUGUCAGCAAUGAUCAAGAGAACUGGGAGGCACCUAAACUAAAUUUCAAGUAUUGUUUCAAAGGGUCAAAAUGUUUAAAACAACGUAUUUCAGUUUUUUCUUUUUAAUAAAUUUACAGAUAUUUCUCAAAUUUUUCACUUUGUCAUUAUGGAGUACUGAGUGUAGAUUAAUGAGAAAAAAUGAAUUUCAAUAACUAGAUUCAGUUUGCAGCGUAACAAAAUGGACAAAAGUGAAGGUGUCUGAAUAUUCUGUAGCUCAGUAUUGUGAUGCUAGCAAAAUGGUCAAGUAAAAUUCACUUCAUUUACUUUAUGGAUUGUAGAGCACCAAAGAAUUGUUACAUUGGAUUAUGAUUUUAUGCUUCCUUUUUUAGUAUGGUAAAUCUGUCUUGAAGGUACAAUCUAAAACAUUUUUAUUAGAAAGCCAUUUGAGCUCAUCAUGGCUUCUUUCCAAGUAAAUACAGAUUCAUCUAUAGUUCUGAAUCAUGCAGUGUAUUUUAAUAUCUAGCCUAAUUCAGGGUUUAUAAUUUUUAGUUCCCAAGUGUAGCAAGGUAUAAAUGAAAUAUUUCACUUUUGUUUUUCAGAUUCUUGUUGCAAUCUUGUUUUAAAUUGCUUGGAUGCUUUACUAGUCUGAUAUAAGUACUCUGCAAGAUUCUGUGUGCAUAUACAUGCACAAAGCUGAAAGAACUGAUAUAUAAGUGAAGCCAUAGAAAAUAUUUGUUUGAAAUUUUCUUGGGCAGGGAUCUUAUAAAGGGCCAGAAAUACGGACAGUUCAUAAAUAUCAGUAAAUAGGGCAUCUAUAUAAAAAGUAGGGGAAAUUUAUAAAGGGCAUUGGCAAUAAACUUUGUUGCAGCUUUUAUUUUUAAGUUGCUGUAAAUAUCACACAUUAUGUACAGCCUAGGAAUGGCACCUUUUUGACCAACUGCAGGAGUUUUUGUUUCUUCCAUUUUUAUAUACAAUUGUAUAUAUGUAUAUGUGUAAAUAUAUAUAUGGUGCUCACUUUAGAUCAGCGGUGUUGACCAUUAUGCUGCAUAGCUGUAAAAUAGCCUUUAGUUAUGUAUGGUUGGGUGAACUUCUUGGGUGUACAGAUGUUAGCCUGAAUGUUGUCUUUUAUUCAUCUUUUCACAAGUGAAUGACUGUGCAUGUAUUGUAUGUUGUAUUAUGUUCUGUUAAAGGAGGGAGAAAAUAACCACUACAUUAAAAUAUAUUGGACCAAACUAUAUAGAACAAGUAACAGUUUUCUGUACCCCUUAAAUUUGUCUUUACAAAUUGCUUAGUUACUGUAGCAUAUAAAUAUUGUGAAAAACAACUAGUCUUGUAUUUUUCUGUAUGAAUAUAUAAUGUACCUCUAGCAAUUUAUCUGUAUUUAAGAUGUGACAAUCUUGACAGAGAAUUAAUUUUGCAAGUAGCAAUUAAAUUAAGCAGAACUGAAUGCAGAAAAGUUAAGCGUUUUAAGAGAGGGUACAGAAAUAUCAAUUUAUCUUUGUCAGUUGCUUCCAGCAAUGUUUGGCUUUCUUCACUAUGUAACUAUUCAUGGUGUGUGACAAAAAUCCAACUAAUAAAAAUGAUCUCUUGAUCAGUGCAAAAAGACUUCUAUGUCAACUUUA